UUUGUUGCGGACCAAUACGAGACACGGAGGCGAAGGGCGGUCGGAGUCGGGAAGGCGUCGGCGGCAGCUCUGCUCGGUCGCGGCGUUUGUGGGAGCGGAGAAGAGGCUACCGGAGAGGAGAGAGAGGGAGAGAGAUGGCGCCGGCGAGCGGGUGGGGCCGGGCGGUGGGGAACACGCGGUCGUUCGUGGGCAACGCGCUGGGCGGCCUCCGCGGGUGGAGCAACCUCGCCUCCUGGACCGUCGCCGGAACCCUCGCCUACUACCUCUGGGUCAAGCCCGCGCGCCAGCUCCAGAAGGAGCAGGAGGAGAGAGCCGCUUUGGCUGCUGCAUCAGAUCCUUAUCGUUAUGUUGAGAAGCGGAAACCAAUUCCUGAUCCUCAGGACACUGGCCUUACUUAUGGGAAGAAAAGGGAGCCAACGAAAUCUGAAGAUUAGCUCCCGGGGCACAUCUUUGUACCAAAGCGUGCCACCCAUUUAUGUGCAACAAUACAAGGAAUGGUUUCUGCAUAUCUGCUGGCUACAUGAUAAACGUUUCAUUAAACUGUUGUUGCUUUAUGCGAUCAAAUAGCAGCUGUAAAUGGAGUGUUUGCAGUCUGGGUAAUUGAGCCCAGGGAGGAAGUGUUCACUAGCACCUAUGACUCUAUGAGAGAUGUAGUAGAUGCUUUCAGAAUAGAAAAGAGAGAGAAUAAUUUCUGUACCUUUUUGCUAGCAAGUUAAGCAUGUUGACGUGUUUAUCUAAAACUCUGGGCCUGUUUAGAUGCAGCCAAACAGCCAAAACUUUUGGAGAAAUGAGCACUUUUUGAAAGAAUGGAUCUAAACAGGGGCUUGUAAAAUUUGGCUGUAAAGAUUUGGAAUUUGGGACCUUGGAGCCCCAAAACUGUGUAAACUUGCUUAGGGACCCAUGUCAUGUGUCUUGCUGACCAAAAAAUUUGGGAAGCAUCUAAGCACCUAUUUGAAUGUAAAGUUUACAGCCAAAAGUUUUGGGAUGUAAAGAUUUGGGAUGUAAACAGACCCUCUAUCAACACACACCAUUGCUUCUGCA